AUGAAUCGACACGGCAGAAGCACGCGAAGGCGGUCUUCAACGCCACAUUUGAAGCUGUCGCCAGCCCAUCUGGUCGCGCUGCAGACCGCUGACCCAGCUUCACCGCCCGACACUCCUGUCGCCUCGCCAGACUUCCCCCGCAAGGACAACCAAGCCGCAAUUUACCUAUUGGCGAACUCUUUUGCUCAAGACCCAAACAUCAGGCCAUAUGGAAGCGGCCAUCAGUUCAGCUACCGCCCGUUGGAGCAAUUGAGCCCGCGAUCGUCAUCUUCAUCCGAAGCCGACAAGGAGCAUUCGAUUGGUGGCGAUUCUUCCGAAAGCGCUAGCGUUGUCAGCCUGUCAACCUCUGCGGUGCAGCAACUGCUACGCGCUUCGGCUGAAACGAAUGCCUUGGCAUCGCAUGAGCUGGAUGCAUCUGGAGAUGCCGAUGCAGAAUCGGAAUCUGAUUCUGAGGCUGAUUGCGAGGCGGAGCCAGACAGGCUUAAGCGAGCAAAGGUUGCGCACGGCCCCGCGACAAGCAUCCCUGAGAUCUGUGAAUUUGCGGUUGACUUUACGAUUGAGGAUAUGGAUCCGAUGGACAGUGAGUGGGAAGGCCUGGAUGUCGUCCACCCCACUGAGAUUGAGAGUGAAUCCGAUGCCGAGGCGCUUCCAAGUCAGCCUGCGUCUCAGCAGAAGGAUUUAGAUCAAGACAUGAUGCAAGACCUCGAGAAUCUCAACUGCAGCAAUGAGGCAUCUGAUGACGAGACUGAACCUGACGAGGAUGACGCAGAGUCGGAGUUUAGGAGAAGGCAGCAGGAGCUGAAGCGCAUUCGAAGAGUGAGCAUGUCCAGCAGCUUCGGUAAGAGGACGCACAGCGAGCUGAGCGACUCGGACGACAAUGACUGCGCUCUCGACGUGAACGAGGCCGGUUCCAGCGCUCGGCGAUUCCGCAAGAGGGUCCACCGCGGCAGCUUACUGUUCCAGGAUCCUCCCGCGCCUCGAAUUGAUGAGCUGGAGGAGCCCAAUUCGAGUGAGGAUGAAUAUGCCAACGAGAUGCGCCUUGCACGGGAGCUGCCAUACCAUGCAAUGGGAAUGGACACUGACUCGAGUUGA